UACAAUUAAUUUUGUGGAGGGAAGAUACAUCUCUACCACUUAAAGUUUUACAAUUAAACACUGUAACAUAUGGUACAGCUUCAGCACCUUUCCUAAGUACUAGAUGUCUAUUGCAAUUAGCUGAAGAAUGUACAGAUAUGUCUAUUGCUAAUAUAAUUAAGAAUGAUUUUUAUUAUGAUGACCUAAGUACUGGAGCAUCUACAGAAGAUGAACUAUUGAAAAUCUACAACUCUGUGACUGAAAUAUUAAGUUCAGCAUCAUUCCCAUUACGCAAAAUACGCACUAAUUGUCCAAAAAUAUUUGAAAAUGAUGUAAAUAAUAAUACAUUAAAUCUAACUAAACAGUCAUGUGUACUAGGGUUGAAUUGGUCACCUACAGUAGAUUUGUUUACAUUUCCUAUAGACAUAAAUAUAGAUUCAUUAAAUAUUACUAAGAGAACAAUAAUAUCUACAACUUGUAAAAUCUUUGACCCUUUAGGUGUCUUGUGUGCAUGUAUCAUUACUGCCAAAAUAAUAUUACAACAAUUAUGGAGCGCUAAGAUAGACUGGGAUGAUUCAGUACCUGAUGAUAUUAAGAAUUCUUGGAUUAAAUUUACAAAAAACCUUUCAGAUCUAUCAAACAUAAAAUUGGAAAGAAAUGUUAUCUGUGACUUGCCAAUAUCAGUAGAGCUGCAUUGUUUUGUAGAUGCAUCACAGAAUGCAUAUAGUGCUUGUGUUUAUUUAAGGACAACUAAUAAUAAUAAUCAAAUUACAGUUAAGCUGUUAUGUUCCAAGGCUCGAGUGGCUCCAUUGAAGCCAACCACCAUACCUCGCUUGGAGCUGUGUGGUGCCUUACUCGGAGCAAGGUUAUGUGCAAAAGUUUUAGAGUCACUACGUUGUAAUAUUAUCAGUAAAACUAUUUGGACCGAUUCAAUGGUAGUACUUGGUUGGCUAAAGGUUCAAUAUAAGCAUCUAAAACCUUUUGUUCGUAAUAGAGUAAAUGAGAUCAAUGAAAUUACAGCAGACUAUUCAUGGCGACAUGUGCCUACUGACUGUAACCCUGCUGACCUAGCCUCAAGAGGUGUAACUCCACAACAAUUGCAGUCCUCAUCCUUGUGGUGGGAGGGACCUUCAUUUCUUAGAAGGGACCCAAGUGAGUGGCCUCAGCAAGGUGUACCAAAUUUAGAAUUACCAGAACUUAAAGUAAUGGUUACUAGUAUAGACACUAAUUUCUUAGAUUUUACUAGAUAUUCAAAUUUUACUAAACUUAAAAGAAUUAUGGCCUAUGUUCAUAGAUUUGUUAAUAAUUUUAUUUGCAAAUAUAGUAAAAAUAAAAACUUUAAUAAGCUAACAGGUUGUCUUAGCACAGAUGAACUUUGUAAUUCCCUAAAAACAUUAAUUAGGUGUUGCCAAGUGCAAUCAUUUUCUUGCGAAUUAAACACAAUUAAAACGAAUAAAGAACUGCAUCACAAAUCCAAAAUGCUACCACUAAAACCAUUCAUAGAUGAAGAUGGUAUACUUAGAGUGGGUGGUCGUAUACAAAAUACAAAUUACAAUUUUGAAAAAAGACAUCCAAUUAUACUUGAUGCCAAACAUAGUUUUACUAAAUUACUUAUGAGACAUGAGCAUUUAAGGUUAUUUCAUGCCGGACCACAACUACUUUUAUCUUCUAUAAGAGAAGAAUAUUGGCCUAUAGGUGGUAGGAACUUAGCUCGUAGUAUUUUAAGAAAAUGUGUAGUAUGUAUACGAUUUAAAAGUAAAACACUUCAACCUAUAAUGGGUAACCUUCCUAAUGUAAGGACAAAUCCUAGUUUUCCUUUUUAUUCAUGUGGAACAGAUUUUGCAGGUCCGUUCAUGAUUUCAAGUAGAAAAGGUAGAGGUAGUCGAGUAUCAAAAUGUUACCUUUGUUUAUUUGUUUGUCUUACAACUAAAGCUGUUCACUUGGAGCUCGUUAGUGACCUUACUACUCAAGGUUUUUUAAUGUGCCUUAGGAGAUUUGUUUCGAGAAGGGGAAAACCUUACGAAAUUUAUUCAGAUAAUGGAAAAACAUUUGUAGGGGCUAACAAUGAAUUGGGUAGAGUGCUUAAGUCUAGUCGCGAGGCUGUGACAGAGUAUGGCAGUACUGAAGGCAUUAGAUUUAAAUUUAGCCCUGCAUAUUCACCUCAUUUUGGGGGUAUUUGGGAAGCUGGGGUUAAAUCAUCCAAACAUCAUCUUAAGAGAAUAGCUGGCAACGCAGCCUUAACAUUUGAGGAACUUGCAACGUUGUUCACACAAAUAGAGGCUAUCCUAAAUUCCCGUCCCCUAUCUCCUCUCUCAUCCGACCCAACCGAUCUCCUACCCUUAACCCCUGGGCACUUCCUAAUCGGGCGGCCACUCAAGUCGGUGCCGUCCUUGCUAAUUGAAAAGUCUAGAGCUAACAGAUACGAGCGUAUAGAGCAGCUGCGGCAACAGUUUUGGGAGCGAUGGCGCCGAGAGUACCUCGCCGAACUCCAACAGAGGACCAAGUGGCGGAGACCAGACCGGGAACUCAAAGUAGGCGACUUGGUCAUCCUCAAAGAAGACAACCUACCUCCAUUAUGCUGGCGACUAGGCCGCAUAACCAAACUUUACCAAGGACCAGAUGGCGUCAGCAGAGUCGCCGACGUCCUCACAUCGAGAGGGACUGUCAAGAGGGCAGUCCACAAGUUUUGCAUCAUACCUGGAGAUGACAUCGACCCAAAUUCAACUGCUUGAUAGCUGUGCUAUCAAGGCCCGGGAGGAUGUUAACGCGCACACUGUGCAGGCGCGCCAAACCGAUCCACCGUGCAGUGCGAGAAGGGGAUGCGGGACGCGCGGGAGGAGGGCCGCUGGCCGCGUCGCUUCGCCGGGGCCGCGCGCCGCUCUCUUUCGCCAUCGGCACCGGACGAGUGCACACGUCGUGAUUAACCUAAUAUUUUUGUAUAACGCCAAUCGCCACACGUCGUAACUAUGAAACCUAUGUAACUAAUUACUUUCUUAAGAAUAUAAGCAGUUUGUACCAGAGGCA